AUUCCGGAAGACGUCUUCCAUGUGACAGCGUCCAAGUUUAUUCGAGAAGACGCCGGGCGACAGUGCACACGCGUUCCUACGUCCUGUGCGGAGGCCUGCCCCACGCUCAGAAGACCCCCAGGCAUGUCGCAGCGGUGGGCCGUGCGUGCCGGCGACCAGGCCCUGCUCUUGUGGGCCGCGCCCGUGCAGCCCGGGGCAGUGGCGGAGGCCGUCGAGGAGCUGCGGUCAGCGGUGGGGCCUCAGGGGGCCGUGGCCGUGGAGAACGUGGACAUGCUGGCCCAGUCGGGACAUGAGGCGUCGCGGUUUGACGUGGCACUGGCCGGGGUGCUGCCGGGCUCUGUGCUGGUGCACGGGGAGGAGACGCUGGCGGAACUGGCCAGGGUCCUCAAGCCUGGGGGGACGCUGCAGCUGGUGCAGCCGAUAGCGACGCGCGAUGGCGUGGCAGCCGUGCGGACUGCCACUCGGCUGGCCUCUGCUCUAAAGCUCGCGGGACUUGUGGACGUAUCGGAGGUCGCCUCCGAGCCGCUGUCCGCCGAGGACGUGAAGGCGGCGAUGGAGCUGCUGACCCCUGACCUCUCGGGGUCGCUGCUGCGGGGCCGUGUGACGGCGCGCAAGCCGCAGUUCGAGGUCGGUUCGAGUACUCAGCUCAUGCUGGGCGCAGGAAAGCGCUCUGGUACGAACCCCGCGCCCAUCGACAAGCCAAGCAAGGUCGACCCCAAGGCAGCAGCUGUGUGGGCCCUCUCUGCAAACGACAUGGGCGACGAUGAAAUUGAGCUCAUCGACUCAGAUCAGCUGCUGGAGGAGGAGGAUCUGAGGCGGCCGGAUCCCUCGGAGCUCAAGGCGCCGAGCUGCGGGCCCGGCAAGAAGCGAGCCUGCAAGAACUGCUCGUGUGGCCUGGCUGAGGAGUUGGAGCAGGAGGCGACCAAACAGAAGCCGGCGCUGCCCAAGUCGUCCUGUGGCAGCUGCUACCUGGGCGAUGCCUUCAGGUGUGCAGGCUGCCCCUACCUGGGCAUGCCGCCCUUCAAGCCCGGAGAGAAGGUGUCACUCUCCACUCGCCAGCUCACACCGGACGUCUGACCCGUCUCCCAGGCUCGGUCACCAACCACUACAUCUACCUUGCGACUGACUGCCUCACCCUCUCUCCGUCAAAGAAAUAUGUCAGCUGAUUUGCUGCAGCGUCUUGAGAGCGUGGUUGAUAUUUAAACGCGAUGAAAUUCCAAAUCGAAUUUCAUCAAGUCACAAAGAGAUCCGUAGACUCACACAGAGACUCAUAGAAUUACGUAGAGGCUUGCAUAGAGACCUAUAGGCUCUUUGUCCCUAGUCAAGUCUGGGUUGAGCAUUUUUUUUUCUCUCGCUGCGGACAUCUUUAGGAGUUGCAUUGGCUACUCAAAACUUCUCUCUUCUAAACUAAACUAUUUUUAUGUUACCAGAGUAUUUGGCUGCGAUACAUUUCCACAUGAUAGGCCGCUUUGUUGAGCUAUCAUUUGUGGCUUCUGAUAAAAAGCUAUAAGGCUCAGUGGGCCUCACCUGGUAAAAUAAAACAGUUUAGGUAAGCCCACUGAGCGAUACAGCUCUUAUUACAGGUAGGAACAACAGUUCCACACUGCCCACCAGGGAUUAUUUGUCUGUCGUGCAUAGCCACGCCCUCGAUUUGUAUUUCAUAGAGCGCUUCGGGUGGGCUCAGCACCACGUGACGCGCCGCCCCACUUAGCUUGCGCCGCGUGACACGGAUCGCACGAAUGCGCUGUCCAACCAAGUUCCUACCUGCCCACUCCGAAGGAACGUGUUUUAGACAUGACCCAGCCACAAAUUAUAGCUUAACGAAGUUACUUAUCACGUCCAAGUUUAUCACAGCCAAACGCUGAAUAUGACCAACUCUUAUCACAUGUUCACCGAUUUCGUCCAGCGUCUCGAAAUGUGAUCACGUUUGGACGCGAAUAUAAUUGCACAUUGUGUUGUUAGUGGACCCAGCCGUGUUUCCUACCCCAGCUCCCGGCUAUGCACCGGAGUUCCCCAAAUGCCGGUCCCCACGCAAACGCCUUGGAAAAUAUUUUCGAGUUCACCAGAUCGGCGAAUAUUUCGAAUGCAAGUUAUUUCGUUACAAGGCCCGACGCUCGCUACAUACUUUGCACGUGAUGUAAAAAGUGCCGAAUCAAAUAAAAUAGAAAUCUUGAA